UAGGGCCUAAUGAAUUUAUUUAAAUUGACCGAUUUCCUUAUAUGAACCGUAACUCAGUAAAAUCUUUCAAAUUGUUGCGUUUACAUUUUUGUUCAGUAUACGAUAACUCAAGAAGUCUAUAAUUCAUUUUUAUGUUGUUUUUUUUGCCAAGGAGAUCUUAGUCUUACAUCUGACUAGAUGUUUGGUGCAGUAUUUCUUAAUGAAAACGAGUCAUCUCUCGUUGAAUGACAACAAAGAUUUUAUUGAAGAAUCCCUAAUGUGGCUCGGGAACACCUUGUGUUGUUGUUAUUCUGGAUGGCCAGAUAGCUAGCAACAAUGACAAGACGCUGCCAUGUGGGGAAUACCAAAGCCUCAGAAUGCCAUCACCAUUGCGGUGUCAUCGCGUGUCCUCUUCAACAUGGAUAAGGAGCAGCAAAUCUACGAACAGAAAGGCAUGGAGGACUACCUCAAGUACCAGAUAGAGCAUGAGAUGGAGCCCUUCGCCCCCGGCCCUGCUUUUCCUUUCGUUAAGGCUCUGGAGGCAGUGAAUACUCGGCUGAGGGAGCUGUACCCUGAGAGUGAGGAGCUCUUUGACGUUGUGCUCAUGACCAACAGCCACGCACAUGCCGGUCUCCGACUCAUAAACACCAUCAACCACCAUCAGCUCUUCAUUGAGCGUUUCUGUAUGACGGGUGGGAACAGUCCCAUUGGGUACCUGAAGGCUUACCACACUAACCUGUACCUGUCUGCUGACCCCAUGAAGGUCCGAGAGGCCCUGGAGGAGGGGAUCGCUGCAGCCACCAUGUUUAAUCCACCAGAGAAGAGAACAGAAGUGUCAGAGACUCAGCUGCGGGUCGCCUUCGAUGGGGACGCAGUGCUCUUCUCUGACGAGUCAGAGCGCAUCUUUAAGGCCCACGGACUGGACAAGUUCUUUGAGCAUGAGAAGACACACGAAAACACGCUUCUUGAUCAUGGACCACUGAAAGGGUUCCUGGAGUCUCUGGGGAAGCUGCAAAAGAAGUUCUAUGCCAAGGAUCAGCGUCUGGACUGCCCCAUCCGUACCUACCUGGUGACAGCACGCAGCGCAGCCAGCUCAGGUACCCGGGCCCUGAAGACACUGCGAUCCUGGGGCCUGGAGACAGACGAGGCCCUCUUCCUUGCUGGGGCCCCUAAGGGGCCAAUGCUGGAGAAGAUCCGGCCUCACAUCUUCUUUGACGAUCAGAUGUUCCAUGUGGAGGGAGCUUCGCAGCUGGGGACUGUGGCAGCUCAUGUGCCAUAUGGUGUGGCUCAGAAACUGCCCCAGCAGAAGCCUGCUAAGGAGAACACUAAAGACUUUUGCACUGCCACCAAGUAGUCUGGAUUUCACUCUCUUCCCUAACCCAAGGGACAAUAAAACAGCAUUGUGUAUUUGAAUGAGACAGUCCUUUUCAGUGCCCUCAGUUAUCUGGGGAGAGAAUCACAUGACAAUGGGAGAAGCAUAGAGGGAGGGCAUGCCAUUUUCACCCGUGUCAUGUGUCAUCACAAGAGACAGUGCCAGUAGAUGUAAAACAAAACGUCAAAUAUCGUAUGCCCAAAAAGUGCUGUACAUACAUAUCCAGAUCUUGACCUACCAAGGUAAAAGAACUGGAAUUGUAUCUAAUUAACUCUGUCAGACCAGGAAAAAUAUAAUUUUACAGCAAUUCCUCAAAUAGAAUCUGCACACAAUUGCAAGGUCUAUCGCCAG